CGGAUGGAGUCGAGUCAUGCCUGAACUUUGGCUUGUAAGGAACGAAUAUUAAGCUUUUUAUUUUUUUUGCAUUGUGGAUUAUCCUCUUCAGAUCCUCUUUGUAAUCAAGUGAGGGAGGCACUAUGCAGUCGGAGCUCCACACACACAGAGCAUGCCUGUGAGUGCGGGCUCGGGCAAACAUGAGCUUUCCCAGCCCAGAGAUCGUCCACAGCAGCAGCCCAAACUCCCAUCUGAGCCCCCCUCUGCCCACCCCCUCUCCCCACCUCUCUCGCUGCCUCUCUCUCUCCCUCUCCUCAUCUACUCUCGACCUGCGCAGCCUCUUCCCUGCUGCCGCUCCAGCACCAGCCGGGGGGACAGCUCCCGAUCUCCGCACGCCGACGUUUGCCGAGCGCCGGCCGGCCCCAUGGAGGAACCCCAGGGCAACACUCUGGUCGUCCGCAUAGGCAUCCCCGACCUGCAGCAGACGAAAUGCAUGAAGUUCAACAUUGAGUCGCCCAUCUGGUUGUCUAAACAGCGCAUCCUCUGCACACUAAACCAGAGCCUAAAGGAUGUGCUGAACUACGGAUUGUUCCAGCCCGCAUAUAACGGCAAAGCCGGGAAGUUUUUGGACGAGCAGCGCACACUUAAAGAAUAUCCACUUCCUGCCAUUUCUCCUGUACCAUACCUGGAGUUUCGCUACAAGAGGCGAGUGUACGCACAGGCCCACCUGGAUGAAAAGCAGCUGUCAAAACUUCACACCAAGGCUAACUUGAAGAAGUUCAUGGAAUAUGUUCAGCAAAGGAACAUUGAGAAGGUAUCAAAGUUUUUGGAGAAAGGGCUUGAUCCAAACUUCCACGACCCAGAGUCUGGAGAAUGUCCGCUGACAAUGGCGGCGCAGCUGGAAGGUUGUGCGGAGCUGAUCAAGGUUCUGAAGAAUGGAGGAGCUCACCUGGACUUUAGGACCCAAGAUGGCAUCACAUCGCUUCACAAAGCGGUCCGCACCAAGAACCACACGGCACUUAUUACGCUGCUGGAUCUGGGUGCGUCUCCGGACUACAAAGACAGUCGAGGUCUAACUCCUCUGUAUCAUAGCUCUAUGGUGGGGGGAGACCCGUACUGCUGUGAACUUCUGCUGCAUGACCACGCUCAGGUGGGCUGCAUGGAUGAGAACGGCUGGCAGGAGAUACAUCAGGCCUGCCGUCACGGACACGUUCAGCAUCUGGAACACUUGCUGUUUUAUGGAGCAGACAUGAGCGCUCAGAACGCUUCCGGAAACACUGCCCUGCACGUGUGUGCUCUCUACAACCAGGAUAGCUGUGCAAGAGUGUUGCUGUUCAGAGGGGUGAAUAAAGAGAUAAAGAACUACAACAGCCAAACUGCCUUCCAGGUGGCUAUAAUAGCUGGAAAUUUUGACCUGGCCGAAAUUAUUAAGACUCACAAAGCAUCAGAUGUUGUGCCUUUCAGGGAAACGCCCUCCUACACAAAUCGCCGGCGCGUGACUGGAGGUGAUACUCUGACAUCAUCACGCCUGCUGCCUCGCUCCGCCUCCGACAACAACCUGAACAACGUUGCCGACGUCAGCCACGCCCACUCCCCCGUGCCGUCCCUGAGGAGCCUGCCACCACUCGCGCACUCCGGGAUCGAGGCGGCAGCCGACGGCAGCCUGCAUAGCACGGCCAGCUCUCUCUCCUCGCACUCUCGCUCGCCCUCCCUUCAGCGUGUCGGGGAGGAGUCCGUGCGGCGCCACGCCCCCCUCAAGCACUCCCAUAGUCGUGGACGCCUCAGCCCGGGGACGGUCCAGCGAGACCCCAGCCCUCCUCUCACGGGGCCCUCGCGCACACUCUCAGGAGCCCGGGGCCCUAAACGGAAACUCUACAGCGCCGUGCCGGGGCGCACCUUCAUCGUGGUCAAACCGUACACGCCGCAAGGGGAGGGAGAGAUACAGUUGAACCGAGGAGAGAGGGUCAAAGACCACCACUCAAACGCAGUGGAAGUGUUAAGUAUAGGAGAAGGUGGGUUCUGGGAAGGCACGGUAAAAGGGAGAACCGGCUGGUUUCCUGCAGAAUGUGUGGAGGAGGUCCAGAUGAGACAGUUUGAUCCUCGACUUGAAACGAGAGAGGAUCGAACCAAGAGGCUGUUCAGACAUUACACUGUGGGCUCCUACGACAACUUUACCUCAUAUAGCGAUUACAUCAUCGAGGAGAAGAACGCUGUGCUACAGAAGAAAGAGAAUGAGGGAUUUGGCUUUGUCUUGCGAGGAGCAAAAGCGGAGACACCUAUUGAGGAGUUUACACCCACACCUGCCUUUCCUGCGCUGCAGUACCUGGAGUCUGUGGAUGUUGAGGGUGUGGCCUGGAGGGCGGGGCUAAGAACUGGUGACUUCCUCAUUGAGGUGAACGGUGUAAAUGUGGUAAAGGUGGGACACAAGCAGGUGGUGUCACUCAUUCGACAGGGCGGGAACAGUCUGUUGAUGAAGGUUGUGUCCGUCACACGCAAGCCGGAGUCUGAAGAAACGGUCAGAAAGAAGGCACCCCCGCCUCCAAAGAGAUCGCCCAGCACCACGCUCACACUGAGAUCCAAAAGCAUGACUGCUGAGCUUGAAGAACUAGCCUCUGCCAGGAGGAGAAGAGGAGGAGAUCGAUUAGAUGAGAUUUUGGCCUCUCAGGAGUCAGUACUGAGGCCAAAGGUGGAAUCAGAUUACAGGGCAGCCACGGUAAAACAACGACCAUCCAGCCGCCGAAUAACACCAGCAGAAAUCAGUUCUCUUUUUGAGCGGCAAGGUCUAGCUCUUCAUGGUGCUCUCCAUCCAGCACUGGAUAAAGCCCACAUACAGCUGCCGAAAAGCGUGGCCAGAACCAAGUCAUUUGGAGCAACCGAAGAGGAUCGACUGUCUGCCCUAGCAGCGGAGCACAGGUUUCCGCGGAGCUCCUCCAUGACGGACAGCCUGAGAGACAGCCAUAGUAUACCUCCCCCUCCCCAAACCGCUCCCCCACCUCCUCCAUCACUGUACUAUUAUGAUACAGGCCCUCCUCCUUCCUUCUGCCCGCCACCUCCCCCUGGCCGCAUUCAUGACCCCAGUCGGUCUAGUUUUAAGCCGGGCUCCGAGCCAAGACUGCAUGCAUUGCCUCAGACAAUGUCUGCAGAGAUGUUCGAGCCCCCUCGUCAUGCCUCCCACAUGGACCGGCAAAAAAAGGCUCGUUCCAUGAUCAUCCUGCAGGACUCCUCCCACGUCCCUGUGGAGCCUACUGACAUCCCAAGGCCAGGUCCCAUUUCGACUCCGCCUGAGAGGAUCAAACGGAAAGGUCGAGUCAUUGAUAACCCUUACGCCAAUGUGGGCCAAUUCAGCGUUGGCCUGUUCACGAGCAAGCCUCAGCGGAGAAAGAGCCCGCUUGUAAAGCAACUGCAAGUGGAGGAUGCCCAAGAGAGAGCUUCGCUGGCACUGGCAUCCAUCCAUGCCAGAGAGCAUUCUCCAUCAGGGCGCCUAGCUGCACACCACACCAGCAGGGCUGAUUUCUACCAGCAGCAGCUGUUGCAGGAACGUAGUCAAGCUCAGGCUGAGGGAUUGUUUCAAGGAAAAGGACCCUUUGCUGUCGCCAUUGCUGAUGCUGUGAAAGACCGUGAACGUCGUCUGGAAGAUAGACGGAAAUCCACAGUCUUCCUAUCGGUGGGUACUAUGGAGGGCAGUUCAGUUUCUCCCCAAGAGGCCCCCUCACUUACACCAUCUCGUUCUGUUGAUGAGCGAAUGCUUACGCGUGAGCUUGGUCAGUUGCCGCCUCCUGCCUUGGCAUUGCGUCCCUCUCCUGGGGGCACCACCUUCAUUCACCCACUAACAGGCAAGCCCCUGGACCCAAACUCUCCACUGGCACUUGCGCUGGCCGCAAGGGAACGGGCAUUAACCUCUCAAACUCAAUCUCCUGCAAGCAGCCCUGAACCCAGAACUAAACAUGAAGCUGCUGGAGGGGUCCUGUUUAUGGAGACACAGACCAAAGAGGCUAAGCGUUCUGAGGUUGAGGGGGAUUUUGCCUCACCGCCCUUUUCCCCUGGAGCAAAAAGAAUUUAUGACACCUCUGUCCCCACCAGCAAGAUUCAGUGGGGAAGUCCCAUAUCCACCAGGAAAGAGAUAGAAACAAGUUCAGAAAGAAAGGAUGAGAGAAAACUUGAAGAUAAGAAGAGUAUGAUAAUAAGCAUCAUGGACACAUCUCAGCAGAAAACUGCUGGGCAUAUCAUGGUUCAUGCAACAAGUAAUGGGGACGCUGUGGGACCCAGCCCAGAGCACAGUGCCCCCACCCCAAAAGGGUCUUUGUCAGAAAGCCCCAAACCCAUGUUGGCUGAAAUAAAGCGUGCUAAGUCCCCUGCUCCUGAUGGUUCUUCAAUAUCCACGCCACCUUCAGCCACAACUCCAACUUCACAACCACAACCUAGCCCGUCCUCAGAUAAAACCCUGGUUCAGGGUAGUUCUGAGGAGGAUGUGGAUCCCUAUACAGUAACCCUUCCACCCGCCAUGCUCUCCUCCAGCGAUGAGGAGACGCGUGAGGAGCUCCGCAAAAUUGGCGUUGUUCCUCCACCAGACGAAUUUUCCAAUGGCCUUCUUGCAAAGGCACCCGAAACAGCUGUACCUCCACUGGCGCAGAUGACCUCCACAGCCCUACCCUCAGCACCGCACCCUCCCCCCGCCCCUCCAGCAGUGGCUGCUGUAGCAGCAAAGGUCUGCGCUAGCAGUGGCCCGCAAGCAGCCUCAGGGAAGCCAUCUGAGUCCCACCUGGGCCCAGAGUCUGCUGCUGACUCCGGGGUUGAAGAGGUGGACACUCGAAGCUCCAGCGAUCACCACCUGGAGACCACAAGUACCAUCUCCACUGUCUCCAGCAUGUCCACACUUUCCUCGGAAAGUGGCGAGCCCACGGACACCUACACCACCCACGCAGAUGGCCAGACUUUCAUUCUUGAUAAGCCACCAGUGCCUCCAAAGCCAAAGCUCAAGUCCCAGCUCAGCAAGGGCCCGGUGACAUUCAGGGACCCCCUGCUUAAGCAGUCAUCUGAUAGUGAACUGCUCUCACAGCAGCACGCAGCUGCGCUGGCUGCUGUUGCGGGAGCCUCAGGCCCGGCCAGACCGCGCUACCUCUUCCAGAGACGCUCCAAGUUGUGGGGGGACCCCGUGGAACCCCGUCCGCUUGCAGGGGCAGAGGAAGGCAAGCCCACUGUGAUCAGCGAGCUCAGCUCACGGCUGCAGCAGCUCAACAAGGACACACGCUCACUCGGGGAGGAGCCACUUGGAGCUUCACUUGACCCCGGAAGGAAAUCACCAGUAGUUGGUGCAAGACUCUUCAGCAGUUUAGGAGAGCUUCAUACUAUCACUCAGAGAGGAUACGGCACCACUUACACCAUCAGACCCGGCAGCCGCUACCCGGUGACCCGUCGGACGCCGAGCCCCGGUUCUCCGGACCGCUCGGAUCCCCUGGGACCAAUCCGGGGUUUCGGACUGGCCACCUCCCCGACCGCGCCCCCCACCAUCCUCAAGUCGUCCAGCCUUAGCCUCCCCCACGAACCCAAGGAAGUGCGUUUCGUCAUGAGAAGCUCCAGCGCGCGCAGUCGCUCUCCUUCGCCUGCCCCUUCCCCAGGCAUGCACUCCCCUCUGCUCUCCCUACGCCCGUUCCACCAAAAACCUCUCCACCUGUGGAACAAAUACGACGUGGGCGACUGGCUGGCCAGCAUUCACCUGGCCGAACAUCGAGAACGGUUCCAAGAGCACGAGAUUGAGGGUUCUCACCUGCCCGCUUUGACCAAGGAGGACUUCGCCGAGCUGGGCGUGACUCGUGUCGGUCAUCGCAUGAACAUUGAGCGGGCUCUUAAACAGCUCCUGGAGAGUUGACCAUUCGCCUCCCUGUGUCAAUAGUUAGUAGUUUUCAUUUGCUCGUCUUUUCGUUAUCCUCGUGAUUUUUAAGCUUUAAAUAACACUCAUUGGCGGAAGUGGGCGUCGGCUCCGUGCCGUUUUUUUGUAGCACUGUCCUAAGCCCCUCACACCCCACUGCCAGCAGCCAACAGCCAGUGGCCGUAUCUUCUCUGUCUGCUGCCUGCCCCCUUCUGGCUGAGGGAUGUAUUACACUCGGAGAAUGUUUAACCAACACUAGUGGCUUUUUCAUAAUCAGACUCCUACUUUGGGUUUCCAAAGGAAAUGUGACAUUAGAUAGAAUCUCAAUGUAUUUAAAUAGCUUUGAGAGACAGCAACAAGAAAAUGGACCGUGCAAAAAUGCACCUGUCUCUCCACUUAGAUGAUUUAUUUAUCCCACCAAUAAUUUCAUCAUUUUUACCAAUUAUAUACAUAUAUAUAUAUUUGACAGAAAAAGUAUAUAGAUAUAUAAAUAUAACAUUUUGUCAUAAAUAUAAAACUUAUAUAUGAUAUUAUAUAUAUAUAAAGACAAAAAAGCAUUCUUGAAAAUGAUUUUUUUAUAAUGAUUCUUUUCUGAUGGGAUUGUACCAUGAAACGUUACAUCACCUUAAGGAAGGACGCUUGAUUUUGAUCGUUUUGAGUGGUACCACCCUCUUUUUAUUUUUGGUUGUUAGUUUUGUUUAUUACAGAACUGGGCUUCCAUCUUUAAUUGAAGCAUCUCACAAUGAAGUGUAUGUGUUUGGUAUAUUUAUGUUUAGACAUUUACAAAACACACCAACCAGACAUUUUCCUUUUUUUAAUGAAAAGUGUUCCCGGUACAGUAACACACUUUUACAGAAUCACACCGCUUUCCUGUCCAAAUUUGACUGGGCUGAUUUAAAGGUUAAUUCUCAGUCUUCUUGAAGGAAUAGUUCAACCAAAACUCACAUUUACUCACAUAUUUCAAAUAUGUAUUCCUUUUUCUUACAUGAAAGACAAAAGAUGUUUUGUGGUCAUUCUUUUCAAUGCAAUUUUGGCAGAAAGGCACUAAAAGAUCCAAAAGAUUCAUAAAAGAAUGUUAAAAUUCCUUACUGCACUUAAAUAUUUAAGUUUAAACAACUUGAAUUAACAAGUCAUUUCAACUUUUUUUACUAGGUAGAAGUUGCAAUAAAUUAUAAAAAAAAAACUUAAAGGGAUGGUUCGGCCAAAAAUGAAAAUCACCCUAUGAUUUACUCACCCUGAAGCCACUUGAGUUAUAUAUGUCCAUCCUUUUUCAUACAAACACAUAUAUUUUGUUAAAUGUAGCUCUUCCAAUAUUUAUAAUGAAUGAAUAUUGGUCCAAAGAAUGUGCAUCCAUCCUUUGCAAAAGUAAUCCUCACAGUUCCAGGAAUAUAUAAAGGCCUUUUAACUAUUUUUCCGCCAGCAUUUUUUAUGAUUUUCAAAAAAAAGUUUAAUGCCUUCCAGAAAAUGUUUUUUAAAUAUAUAAACAUACCAUAUAUCAAAUGAAAGAACAGAUUCUCUGCUUUAAAAAAACACAUUUCAUCAUACCUUCAUUUGUUCUCUUGGUGGAUAAUAGUGGAAAUACGGAUUGCCGGAAAAACUCGUCAUUGGCAGGGAAGAGCUUUCUAUUAAUUGAUGAGUUAACUCAUCAAUGGCAGGGAAAGAGUUAAGGGCAAUCGAUGCUGUUAUGUGGGUCAGUGACAAAAACGGUUUGGCAAGAUGAGAAAUUCAAAAAUCUUUUAAAAAACUUGUUUUAAAAGCACGCAUCAGGUUUAUUUAAUUUUAUGCAAUAAAAAAUUAAAUUUUUAUGAAAGUUAAGACUAAAUGGACCUGAAAAUGUCAAAUGGUGUAACCGCCAAUUGCGCCAAAGAAUGAGAAAUAUUAAAACAUUUUAUUCACCUUGAUGGCAUGAAAGUAUAAUAAUAAAAAAAAAUUAAAUAUAAUUUUAUUAGUUAUUUCUAAAUGUAAAUUUUAAUGCAUUUUUGUAAUAUUUGUUCUGACAUGUGCUGAAAACAGCUCUGUUUUCUAAAUAGCCUAAUCUUUGACAAAUUAUGAAAAAUGUAUGUAAAAAAUUAUAUUACACUAAACUAGAUGAUUAUAUUUUAUUCCAUAUUUUUUAUGAAUAUAUUUUUAUUUUAAAAAAAUACUAGUUACACCAAUUGACACAGACCGUUUACACCACAUUGACAUUUUUGCAAUUAUCCCUCAAAUAUUCAAAAUUUUAGAGUUGGUUCUCAAAAAAGAGAAUGUAUACAAGUAAUCUGCAAAUGUAAGAUAAAUAUACUUAUUUAAAACUUCACUAUGCUGAUAAUCUCUCCUGAAUGUGGAGGAGUCUAAGAUGACAGCAUUAUCGGAAGCUAGUUAUUUUUGUUUGUAAAUUGUUAAAUAUGUAUACUUCUCUUACAAAAGUGCAUCGAUUACACCUAAAAUUUAUCCCACGGAGUUGCGUGGAUUACUUCUGCAAAGGAUGGAUGCACAUUCUUUGGACUUGAAGAAGCAGACUCCAUAUUUAUUUAUUAUAAAGACUGAAAGAGCUAGGACAUUUUAAAAAAUAUCCAAAUAUGUGUUUGUAUGAAAACGGAUGGACAUAUAUAACUCGGGUGGCUUCAGUGUAAGAAAUUCAUGGGGUAAUUUUCAUUUUUUGCCGAACUUUCCCUUUAAGCCCAUUUAAAGGUGGUGUGUGUAAAUUUUACCGGCAUCUAGUGGUGGGAUUGUGAAUUGCAACCAACAGCUCACCCCUUAAUUUCAAAACGCCGCCACAGGACGAACAUGUUGUCGUCUGAGUUUGUCCAUUUAGGGCUUCUAUAGAAACAUGAUGCCGACUUUCAUGUAAGGGACCUGCGGUGUAUGUAGAUAAAAACGUCUCAUUCUAAAGUAAUAAAAACAAUACAAUUCAUUAUGUAAGGUCUUACAUACACCACUGAUAAUAUAGUUAUGUAUAAUAUAUUGCAUUUCUGUCAAGAGAUCCUUCUAAAGGUUACACAAUGCACCUUUAUUUUUUUUAUUUAUAGACUCCUCACUAGUCAAGAAACUUGAAAUGAUUUGUUUAUUCAAGUUGUUUAAACUUCAAAAUUUAAAGCAACAAAUGCUCUAUAUACUACAAAUCCUAAUUGGCACUAAACCUCAUCAGACUGAAAAGAUAGUAGAAUCAAUCUUUUAAGAUAUUUUCAAUGAGUCCUUCAUUCAGUUUAGUCCCUGUUGACUACAAUUGCAUAAUAAAGAGCCACCAUACCUAUAGUCACAAAGGGUGAGAAAAGACAUACACAUUUUUUGGUUGAACUUUUCCUUUAAUCUGGCAAUCUGGUAACCGAAACUUUGCAAUAAGUGUGAAUGUGUAAUAAACCAAGCGUGUGAACCAAUGUGUGUGAAUGACAGAACCACUGUGGGACAAGAAACAUUUCGAGAUCUCAUAAAAAACAGAAUCUAUAAUUGUAAAAGAUUUUCUGAGCCAUUAUAUGUCUUGUAUGUUAACCUGCUAUAAGCAUUUAGCUUAUUUGUUUUCGCCAGUUUUGUUUAUUUCAUUUUUUUCUUCUUCAUAGGUGGAUUUUGUAGCUUGUGAAACAUGAUAGAAGAAUUUUUAUCAAUUCAUUUAGACAGUUAUUUAAAAGACGAUCCUAAGGACAAAAGAUUUAAUGAAGAAAUACUGUUUGAAAAGAUCCUUCAGCUGUAUAUAUGGACAAAAAUAUUUGCUUUUUAUAUCAAUCACGAGCAAUGUAUAUAUGAUAGUUUUCGUAUAAAUUUUUAAAAAUCGAAAAAAUAUAUAGAUCUAUAUAUAUGAAUGUUUGGCAUAUAUGCAUAGUUAACCACCUGUCGAAAAAGGUGAAAAUUUUACUCUUUGUAUGGAGUUCGGAGGUGAUUUGCACAAAACAAGGUGCUAGCAUUUCAAGCCAUUCAUUCAUUCAUUCAUUCAUUCCCACCUACCCAAUUCAAACCACCAUUAGGGCUUUCAACAAAUCCAUAAAAGACCUUCAAAUCUAAGGACAUGCAAACGUCAUUGUUCUGUCCACCACCAAUCUUCCUUACGCUCUAAAAAAAUGCUUGGUUAUUUUUAUAACACAGUGUUGGGUCAAAAAGAGAUAAACACAACCCAUUGGGUUGUAAUUUAACCUAUGCUGGAUUGUUUUAACCCAUUGGUGGGUGAAAUAUAAACAUUUCCUGGAUUAAUUUAACCCAACGCUGGGUUGAAAAUAACUGAGCAUUUUUAGAGGUAGUUUAUGCGUGAGUGCGUGCGUGCAUGUUUUUAAGGAGUACACAUAAAAAUUAAACUUAACCCUGUAUUAUUUUAUACCCAUUGUACUUCCAUUGUUGAACACAAAAUGAGAUGUUGAGCAGAAGCGAAUCCGCUCCAUGCAAUGAAAGCUUUAGAUAACACUGGACAUAGAUAAGGGACUGCUGUAGGCACCAUUCUGUACCUUUAUUGUGUAAAAGAGUUAUACAGCAUUUUGCUAAAAAUCUCACUUGCAAGAAAGAAAACAUGGGUUUUGGGUGACGUGUUUCUUUAGAGCUUCACUAUUGAUCAUUUUCUUGUCUUGUUUUAGAGGUUUUAGUGGUAACGCUUUACAAUAAGGUUGAAUUUGUUAAGAUUAGUAAAUGCAUUAGCUAACAUAAGUUAACCAUGAGUAAUAUAGUUUUUAGUAUAUAUUUAUCUUUGUUAAUGUUAGUUAAUGCCAAUACAAUUGUUCAUGUUAGUUUGUUGUGCAUUGACAAAUGUUAACAGAUACAACUUUAGAUUUGAAAAAUGUAUUAGUUAAAGGAAUAGUCUACUCAUUUUCAAUAUUAAAAUAUGUUAUUACCUUAACUAAGAAUUGUUGAUACAUCCCUCUAUCAUCUGUGUGCGUGCACGUAAGCGCUGGAGCGCGCUGCGACGCUUCGAUAGCAUUUAGCUUAGCCCCAUUCAUUCAAUGGUACCAUUUAGAGAUAAAGUUAGAAGUGACCAAACACGUCAACGUUUUUCCUAUUUAAGACGAGUAGUUAUACGAGCAAGUUUGGUGGUACAAAAUAAAACGUAGCGCUUUUCUAAGCGGAUUUAAAAGAGGAACUAUAUUUUAUGGCGUAAUAGCA